AUGAACCACGAGCGAUACGAAGAACGCCUAAACCUCGUCAAGAGCGUCAUCCACAGCUACGGCCUCGAACCCGUCGACAUCACCCCCAUAGACUACGAUGAAACAGCACCCUUCGCCUACAACAACUACAUCUACAAAAUCACUCUCUCCGCGCCCCUCACACCAUCCUCCAUCCCUCAUGAACGCCGCCGCCCGUACACCCAGCCUCCCCCUGGGCAAGGCACUUCUACUGUGGUGAUGCGCAUCGCGAACCCGAAAGCAGAAGGCGUAGUCCAAGACAACCGCGUUGAGAACGAGGUCGCGGCGGUUCACCUCGCGCGAGAGGGUUUGGGGUCGUAUAAGCCUGAGAUUGCGGGGCUCGUGCCGGCGUUGUAUGAUUGGAGACCCUAUCGUCCUUCCGAGAUCACGGGGACGGAGGCGGGGGUGCCGGGCGACGGUGGCAGCAGCAGUUACGGGUGGAGUAUGAUGGAGUUCAAGAGGGGCGUGCCUCUCGAUACCGUCUUCCGCGACAUGAACGACGGAGAGAAGGGCGAUGUGCUGGGCCAGAUUGCGGAUCUGGUUACGGGGAUCCAGAGGGUUUCCUUGCCGAAGAGUGUGAAGUCCCACGGGGGGCUGUCGAUUGACGAAGCGGGAAGAAUCGUGGGUGGUGCGAUGACGACGGUUAAAGGCGGACCUUGGGAGCGAUAUAGCGAUUUCUGGAAGGCGAGGUUGGCAAUUCGGCUGGAGGAUGCGGAUGCGAGUCCGGCACUGGAUGGGUGGAGGCCGAAUGGUGUGCGGGAGCGUGUUGAUCGGUUCUUGGAGUCUGGACUGGAGAGGUAUCUUGAUGGGUCUGGGGUUGAUGUUGGGAAGUUAGCUCUCAUUCACGGGGAUCUUACUACGAACAAUACCCUCUACGAUACGACCACCAAGAAACUCACCUCCAUCCUCGACUUCGACUUCGCCUUCGUCUCCCACCCCUGUCACGAAUUCUUCACGUCGCUAGGCGACGUCGGCGGCAACACGGGCGGCGGCACGGGGCGGGAUCCGGAUCUCAGCGGGGGUCUGCUCGGUAAAGCGAUGUUGACGGGCGACUUUGACGGGAUCAGGGGGAGUCUACCGCAAGAGGCGUUAGGACAGCUCACGACGGCUCGAGCGUGGGAUGAUGCGUUGAGGGAGAGAGGUGCGGUGCGGCCUAGUGAGAUUAGGGGCAUGGCUGCGCUGGAUGGGUUGAGGAGGCUGGAGGCGCUGGCGUGUCCUUUUGCUUUGGAGCAUCCUGUCAUGUUGAGGCGGAAGACGAGGGAGGAGAUUGAGGGGAUGAGGGCGGUUGCAGAGAGGGAGCUUGUUAGAUGUCUUGAGGGGUUUGGGUAUUAG